AUGGUUCAUUCGUUUUCACAGCUGAUGGAUAAAAAAAAACACUGUGACAUCCAUCUGAGCUCCGGCGCGUCUCCAAGCGCCGUCACCGAGAUUCCAACAUGGAAGUGGAGAGCUGGAACACGCAGAUGUUUGGAUCUCAGAGCGAUAUGCUGUCAGUGCUGUCCGCCAUGUGGAGGCUGCCCACAGCAAAGCAGAAUCCAGAUAAAUUAGAUUAUUGGAUUGGCUGCAACAGAUUAGGCAUACAGCUCUCCUACAUCCUCGAUGCUUCAUAAGAAAACCCACAUCCAUCUGAUCAUAUUUUACGCGGAGUUUUCGGAAAUAUAAAGACUGGCAGCUAUGCUGACCAGCUUUAUGGAGGGUAUCCUCUGCUGCCUGACCUCAAAAUCAACCAACGUUGUGGUUCCCGUAGAAACUUCAGAGCAAGCUGAUGGCUACGAGUUUGUGGAGGUGAAACCAGGCCGUGUUCUGCGGGUUCGGCAUAUCAUCCCCGACCGGCCGGUGGUGGAGGAACCGCCUGGGCAGGGUGGGAUAGUCAGCUGCAAACGAAAGAUCACAGUAUAUCGUAACGGACAGCUUUUCAUUGAGAAUUUGGGUGACAGAGCGAGUGCAGAGCUGAAAAACUGCCAGAAUGGAGAUACAGAACCAAAUAGCACUGUUGAGGUUGAGCUGACUGAAUGUGGUAACUCAUCACCGCCGGUAGCCAUCCCUGAGCCUAGGUCUGAAUCUGUCACAGCUGGAAAAGACAGGACAGCUGAAACAUUAACAGGAGAAGAGGCACCUGUUGCUGACCAACGGACUGACCAAUCACAACAGACAAGGAAGCGCAGGCGGAAGCCCAAACGCACUGUGGUGAUCGACUGUGAGAGGAAGAUAUCGGCAUGUAAAGGCACACAUCAAGACGUGUCUCUGUUCUUCAUUCAUGGCGUGGGAGGCUCGCUGGAUAUCUGGGGAAGCCAGUUGGACUUCUUUUCCAGGUUGGGCUAUGAGGUGAUUGCAGCGGACCUUGCAGGACAUGGAGCCAGCUCAGCACCACAGAUAGCUGCUGCAUACACUUUCUAUGCCCUGGCUGAGGAUAUGAGACUUAUCUUCAAGAGAUAUGCACGCAAGAGGAAUAUUCUCAUAGGACAUUCUUAUGGUGUGUCGUUCUGUACUUUCCUGGCCCACGAGUAUCCAGAACAGAUCCACAAGAUGGUGAUGAUCAAUGGAGGUGGACCUACAGCUCUGGAGCCCAGCCUCUGCUCCAUCUUCAACCUGCCCACCUGUGUGCUUCACUGCCUCUCCCCGCUGCUAGCCUGGAGCUUUCUUAAGGCUGGCUUUGCUCAGCAGGGUGCCAAGGAGAAGCAGCUGCUGAAAGACAACAAUGCCUUCAAUGUGUCAUCCUUUGUGCUGCGUGCUAUGAUGAGUGGGCAGUACUGGCCUGAAGGGGACGAGGUCUACCAUGCUGAACUCACGGUGCCCAUCCUGCUGGUUCAUGGCAUGCAUGACAAGUUUGUCCCUGUCGAAGAGGACCAGCGCAUGGCAGAAAUCCUACUUAUGGCAUUUCUGAAGGUCUUGGAAGAUGGCAGUCACAUGAUCAUGAUGGAGUGUCCUGAAGCUGUCAACACACUCCUGCAUGAGUUUUUUCUCUGGGAACCAAUAACCCCUCCACCGCCAAAGAAAGAGUCCAAAACACGUCCAGAGAGCGCCAGAGUCUACUCUGACAACACUAAGGUUUCAUCUGAGGUCCGACCUGCAUCUGCUCGGCAGACCUCAUCAAACGGCUGUGCAGAGGACCAGCCAGGAAGCUAAGAUUAAAGAUAAAGCUUCCAGUGGUUCAUAUACUAUAUCAUGGCUAGCUAUGAACUUUGUGGGGCCUGACAAUCAGAGCUGGCUCACGCUGUUGAACCUGAUGCUGAGCUAAAAGAGCCAGUUUAUCUGAAAUGGUCCAGCUAAAGUUUGGACAAGUGAAAGCAUGACGCAAUGGAGGGGAAUCUACUUUCAUUCCAGUUUUGUCAGCUACUGAGCAGAAGGACAGAGGGAGAGAGGCUUGAAUACUGGAUGCUGGAGAUCCACGUAUAUAACUCCCUGUCCUUUACAUACAGCAGAGAAGAUAUAAAUGUGCCUUGAACUGGAGGGUGGUGAUGAUGCAGUGUAGAUGGAGCAAGAGACGUAAACAGUAAUAUUCAGCCAUGAUGGUGAAGGUGAAAACAGUUGUCAAGCUAUAAAAAGUGAUAAUAUUUGACUUUUGUGGACAAAUCUGAAAAUAUCACCUGCCAUUCUGACAGCUACAUUUAAGACACUUGAUUGUCUGGUCUUUUGCCAUUCCUAUAAUGUGGAGAAGAAAUGAACAGAAACAGUCCUGGUUGAGCAGCAGCACACUCUAAACAUUAUGGAAACAAACUAGAUGGUAAGCCAGUUAGCCUAAUGUAUUAGCCUGCUUCAGGUUUAAUAUCAAAUCUUGAGACAAUGUGUAUCUGUGUAUAUGUCAGGGGAUGUAAAUACAUUUUUCCACUGUACACAAUGAUAACCUCUUGUAGAGGUGAGCUGGGAAGGCAUUUCUUUUAAAAAAAUGUACAUCACGUAUUUUGUCAAUUUGUCCUGUUCUUUGGCACCUCUAAGAGGUGGACCAGAAUAUUAUUUUUACACAAUGCAUUAGAAGUUCCCAAACAUACACGUAGCCUCACCCUAGUUUUGAGAUUUAAGUAGCUGCCUCUGUUUUUUAACAGAAAAAAAUGUGUUUCAUAAGUGAUUGAGUUGUGACUUCCGAAGCUGACCAAGAAAAGAAGGAUCAAGUUCUGUUGAUGACAGAAGUGAAAGUAAAUUUGUUGCUUCCUUGAUUUCAAAGAAAUGUGUGUUUAGUCAGCAACAAACCAUUACCUCGUAUGGAUAGAAAGGGCCAAAUAUUUUGCACAAAUCACAAAUGUAUGUGAGGUUUAUUAGACAACAUAAAUUUACCCCAAACUGUACCGCACUACAGUAUGUUUGAAAUAUUUGAAAAUAUUCAUUUUAGCAUUGUAACCAUGUAUUGUAGUCUUUUUGAUAACUGAAACCCGCACUAUGACAAAAACUGAAAGCAGCAUUCUCUGUUAUAUCAACUUCCAUACUGAAGUAGAAACUACUUGUUUUAAUAGUUCCUCUAUUUGCGAAACAGUCAACGUGUAUGCAGCUGUUGAAUAUAUUAUUAAUAAUUAUUUCAUGAAACCAUUUUUUUGUCUUUUACUUUGAAAGCCUGUCUGUGCUAGAAGGUUUGCAUGAAUUAAUUAAUUGUUCAAUAAAUAUUAGGCUUUAUUUUUCAACAAAACUAUGUUAUUCUGCAAUGUUUCUCCAAACCUGUAGUGUUGAGCUCUAUUAGUAUUAUAUUUGUACAGAAACUGUAUUUUGAUUUAUUUGAUUUAAGUGAUGUUGAGUCUGAUGUAUACACAUAAGAGGUAAAGAGUUAAAUGUCUACAUGUCCUUUGAACAUCUGUGCUGUAACUCCACAGGUCAAACAGCUGGCUUUAUGGAGCUAUUAAAUCCUGACUGUUUUUUUUAAUACUACAGUAAUGUGUGAAUGUCUCAGCAUUAGCCGAUAUGUUCUUAGUGCUGCAGUAGUUUGGGUAUUUAAAAUGUUCACAAAUCCUGAGCCUCAAAUAUAGAACAUUCUGACUCGUAUAUGGUGUGAAUGAAACAGAUUAUUCUUUUUAUACAUUGUACUUUCAUUUGUGAUGGAUGUUUAGAGAUGUAAUAGAAAUUGUAGCAGCGAUGAAUCAAUUCAAGGUUCAGCCCUGAUCAGCAUCAUUGUAUUGAGACUUGAGCUUGAACUGACUGUCCUCUUCGUUAUAUCUUUUGUGUCUUAAAUUUUCUAACUGUUUAUAACUGCCUUUGACAAUAAUAACACA